CCUCUAUUGUUUGCCUUUUCACAAAACCAAACGGAGAUUGUUAAGCCAACACCAAAUUAGAAUUUUGUGAACAAACAAAAAACUUUAUAGCAGCAAUAUGCUGAUAUUAAAUAUACUUAUUAUUGAACACGCCGACGAAGUAUACAUCUAGACCGCAAUUCGAUGCUUAACCAAUAAACACAACAACCCGAUAACCGAUCGACUGCCGCCGCCGCCGUCGCAACCCCACACCGUACCACUCUACACCGCCUGGAGCGCCCCCCUUAUACCAUCUCGCCACAGUAGGAAGAUAGCCGUUGCAGCCGGUAGUGCAACCGGAAGAUCGCAUUAGUCCGCAGCCGGUAGUGGCUGCCAGUUGGAAUCCUUUCGAAGUAGUGCUGACGCCGCCGCCGCCACUGGUGCUGUAACUGCUGCUGCCUCCGCCGCCGACGCCACCAGCAUCGGAGCCGGAGUCGGAACCGGACCCGGACGCGGACGCACUGCACCGGCUGCCCUCCCUCCGGCUCGCAAUCCGAUCGCAAUGAAGGUGGACACGGUGAAGCUAAAGAAGGGCUCCUCGGAGCUAACGGCCGAGUGCCGUGAACUGAUCGAUGAGCUGACCAAACGGCGCAGCCGCGCGGAGCUGUUAGAGUUCCUCGACACUGUGCACGUCUGGAUAUAUGGCAAGUGCGAGCUCUACCACUGGAUCGAGAUUCUCGACCGAUUCGACAAGAUACUCGAGGAGGCGGCGCGCCAUGUCAACGCCAACGAGUUUGUCCUGCAGUGCGACACCAAUUUCCAGGACCAGGAUGUCACAUUGCUGCUGCACGUGCUCAACUUCACCACACUGCUGAUAGAGCACUCGUUUUCGCGACAUCUGUACAACUCGAUCGAGCACCUGACCCAGCUGCUCUCCUCCCAGAACAUGGACAUUGUCCUGGCCGUCCUCAACCUGCUCUACAUGUUCUCGAAGCGCAGCAACUUCAUCCCACGCCUGCCCUUCGAGAAGAAGGAGCUGCUGAUCGUCAAGCUCUUCAACAUAGCUGAGCGCUGGGGCGAUCCCAACUAUGGUCUGUCGCUCAAGGACUGCUGCAUCGGCGAGCCAAAGCUGGAGUUCCUCUACCAGCUGUGCAUCGACUAUGUGGACGAGCACGGUCAUGCCGCCCAGCUGGAAAUCCCGGACAUGAUGGACCUCUGCCACACGGCAGCGGCUCCCGAGGUAAUCAAAACGAUUGCCGGCCAGAUCUCAAAGCCCAGUGAGGCCAUCAAGAUGCGCAUUGCUCAUCGUGUUCGCCUGAUCUCCGGCUUCAAUAACUACAAGCUGCGGCUGCAGUUCGUCCAGGCACGCCUGCAGGCCGUCUCCAUACUGAUUUACUCCAACGCCCUGCAGGACAACACGGACAAGGUCCUGUACGCCGGCUUCGGCGAGGAGCUGUGCGAACUGAUCGACAAGGAGGACGUCCAUCUGGUGGAGAUCCGGGCCGCUGUGCUGCGCACGCUCACCUCGAUGCUCCACUUUGAUCGCAAUCCGAAUGUGCCAAGCAGAGCCGGAUCGCGUCUGAUGAAGAUCGUGCACUAUACGGGUGCCGAACGGCAGGGCGGGACACUGCCGCUCCUGGUGCGCGACUGCAUCGAUAACCUGACCACACAUGGACUGACCGAGCGGUAUCCGCUCAUCCUGGCCACCUCGCUCUUCUCGCUGCUGUACCACCUGGCCAGCUACGAGAUGGGCGGCUCGGCGCUGGUCAAGAGCGGCAUGAUGCAGUCGCUCCUGUGCGUCAUCAGCUGGCCGGGCGUCGACCUGGAGCACAUCACCUUUGUGACCCGGGCGGUGCGGGUGAUCGACCUCAUAACCAACAUAGACAUUGCCAGAUUCCAUCAGAACAACGGACUGAACGUCUUCAUCGAUCGCCUGGAGAAGGAGAUCAAGAGCUGCUGCAAGGCUCUGGCCGAUAUCGGUAUAACUCUGAAGGAGUCCACCCUGCGGGAUGACCACAAGCUGGACACGUCGCUAGACCAAGUCGACGAGGACGUGGAAGAUGCCGCCACUGAGAACGCCUCGGUGGCCAGUGGUGGCGCCUCGCCACGUCGCGACAGCUCCAGUGACACGGUUGCUAGCCGCGCCUACAGAGCUUACCAGGAGCAGAGCGGAGCAUUGGGAUUGGGAGCAGCUGGGGGAGCGGUUGCUUCAGGAGCAGGACUCCUGGACAUUCGAGGAGUGCUGGGAGGAGGAGCGUCCGGCCAGGAUCAGGCCGGCGGAGGCAUUCAGCGCGAUGGAGGUGCCGCCAGACCGGCCCCCGUCAUGUAUCCGGCAAACAGCUACUAUGCCCGGCCGCUAGCGGAGCGCAAGGCGGAGCUUUCGGCGCAGCUGCCGAGCAGCUUGCAGCCGAAGAAGCCGUCGUGCGUGACCCAGCGGGCCGCGCUGCUCAAGUCGAUGCUGAACUUCCUCAAGAAGAGCAUCCAGGACCAUGCCCACUUCAGCAACAUGCGCAACAUCAUGGAGACCAGCCUCACCCAGUCGCUGCGCCACAUCAUCGCCAAUGCGGAGUACUACGGGCCGUCGCUCUUCCUCCUGGCCACCGACGUGGUGACCGUCUACGUAUUCAACGAGCCCUCGCUGCUGUCCUCGCUGCAGGACCUGGGCAUCACCAGCGUCAUGCUGAAGGCGCUCCUUCAGAAGGAUGUGCCGGCCACCAGAGAGGUCCUCGGAUCGCUGCCCAACGUCUUCUCCGCCCUCUGCCUGAACGAGCGCGGCCUUUUCGAGUUCCUCUCCUACGAUCCCUUCGACAAGGUGCUGAAAGUACUCCUGUCGCCGGACUACCUGGUGGCCAUGCGGCGCCGUCGCUCCUCCGACCCGCUCGGCGACACUGCCACCAAUCUGGGCAACGCCAUGGACGACCUCAUCAAGCACCAUCCCUACUUGCGGGCCGACGCCACCGAGGCCAUUGUCCGGCUGCUGAACGAGCUAGUGCGCCUCGGCUCCGAUCCCAGCUUCAUCUGCUGGCGCGCCAACAAGGAGAGCAGCGGCUCGGGCUCCGGUUCGGGCAGCCACGGCGGCAGUCAUCACGCCGCCUCGGCUCCCUCGCCGGUGAGCGGCCCGGGCGGAGCGGCUUCGGUCCUCCAGAGCGCGGCGGACACCAACGACAGCAGCGGCGACGACGACGACGAUGACGAUGAGAUGAGCUCCGCCUCCCAACAGCAGCAGCAACAACAGCAGCAGGGAGUGGCGGGCACGCCGCGGAUUCCCCAGUCCUCCGGAGCAGGAGCAACAGGAGGCGGCGGAGGAGCGACCACCCCGUCCUCAUCAUCAUCGGCCGCCGCAUCGCAGGCGGUCAAGUUGGUGGCUCCCUCGACGCCGCCGGAGCGCGAGGCCAUCCCACUGAUCGAUUACAUCCUCAACGUGAUGAAGUUCAUCGAGGCCAUAUUCAGCAACAGCCCGAACGGAGACCACUGCCGGGAGUUCGUGCUGCACGGCGGCCUGAAGCCGAUCCUGCAGCUGCUCUCGCUGCCCAACCUGCCGGUGGACUCGCCCGUCUCCACCACGUCCCAGGCGGUGGCCAACGUGUGCAAGGCGAUCCUCAGCCAGGCCCAGGAGACCAAGGUCCUGGACGUGGCCCUGAAGCAGCUGGCGGACAUCGUCUCCCAGCUGAAGCCCCUCAUCAAGCACUUCACUUUUCCCGGCGGCAGUGUCCUGCUCGCGGAGCUCGUCUGCUGCCAGAAGCUGGAGGACGGCUUCGCCAACGCCGAGUACACACCCAUCCUGCACAACAUGAGCUUCGUCCACGGGUACGUGGUGAUGCUGGUGCAUCUGUGCCGCAACGCCUCCACCGACAUGCGCGCCAUUCUCCUCAAGCGCUGGGGCGUCAACCGUGAAACGGGCGUCCAGCUGCUCCAGCAGCUCGUCCAGCUCUACAUCUCGCUGGUGUGGGAGAGCACCAUCCUGCUGAAUCUCUGCUCCGACGAGCCCACCCAGCACCCGGAUCUCAUAUGGGACGAAAUCGCCGCCCAGAUGUCGGCGGCAGCGGGCACAGCAGAUCCCCUCACGGAGGCGGAGCUGUCCCGGAAGCUGGAGCGCGCUGCGGAGUUCCGGACCAAGUAUACGCCGGAGGAGCAGUUCCGCUACAUCAAGUCCCUGCUGGCGGCCAGUUCGCGGCUGGGCCGGGCCCUGGCCGAGCUGCUCGGCACGCUGGUGAAGCUGUCGGUGGGCUCGCCCCAGACCCGCCAGCGCCGCAUCAACGACCUGAUCAGCAACAUCAACAAAGUUCCUACGCCGGAGGCGCGCGAGAUAGCCCGCAUCCUGAGCUCGAUCCUGGUGAACGGGUUCAGCCACGAGAGCAUCCUGCCCAAGCCGGUGCCCAAGCUGAAGCUGACCUUCCUCAUCUGCUCGGUGGGCUUCACCGGGCCGAUGCUGUUCGACGACAAGCGCAGCGCCUUCCACCUGAUGAUCUCACAGUUCUGCGCCGAGAACGGCCUGAAGGCCUUCUUCGAGAUGUUCUACUGGGCGCUGUCCCUCGACAACGUCUCCCAGAAGUUCAAGUUCGACCAGUGGGCCACCAUGGAGGACCUGAUGCAGGCGCACGAGGACGACAAGCGCGACUGCCCGGAGGGCACCGGCGAGUUCCUCGACGCCUGGCUGCAGCUGCUCGAGAAGAUGGUGAAUCCCCGGGCCAUGCUCGACUCCCCCUACACGAUGAGUCCGCGACUCAACUACCUGCCGGACUCGGUGCCUUUCGAGCCGGUCUUCUACCUGAUCCACAUCCACCAGCUGGCCAUGCAGGCGCUGCGCCGGAUCUGGUCGCGCCGCCCCAUUCCCAACUACGGGCCCAGCAUGUUCGAGACGAUGAUCCUCAUCCUGAAGCACCUGAUCAAGUCGCACCAGACCCUGCUCGACCGCUACCACACGCGCAUGAAGGAGAUCAAGUUCGAGAACCUCUACAUCCGGAGCACGGACGACGGUCUCAACGCCGACCACAUCAAGACCCUCACGGACAUGGGCUUCACGCACUACCACGUGAUCGAGGCCCUGCGCAGCAACGCCUCCUUGGAGGAGGCCACCGACUAUCUGCUUAACAACCCGGAGGCCAGUGCCCUGUCCAGCCAGACGGGCGGAACAGCUCCACCCCCGCCGCCUCCGCCCUCGUCAGGCGCCAACAUGGACGUAGACAUGGAGGCUCCCUCGGACACCAACUGCAAGCCGGCAGGCACCGCCACCGCCACAUCCAGCUCCAGUUCGUCCUCAGCGGCACCCUCGGCCACAUCAACAUACGAUUACAAGCACCUGAAGCUGAUGCCGCAGCUGAUCUUCGACAGAUUCUGCGACGAGGCGAUAUCCCGGGCCUUCGAGUUCAUGGAGGCCAUUCCGGACACGGUGAACAGCGCCGCCGACCUGAUAGCCGUGCUCUACCGCCGCCACAACCACCUGAACAAGCAGGUCUUCGUCACCAACUUUGUGCGCAACAUCAUCCAGUGGGUGGACUUCACCCUGCAGCUGUUCGAGCCCUCCAAGUCGGGAGGAGGCCAAUCGAAGGCCAACCGGCUGGAGGAGUGCCUCACCGGCAUGACUGCCACACGGCUGUUCGUCCGCCUGAAGACCUCCACGCUGCUGCUGGAGGAGAACUACAGCGAUCUGCACAGGCCGCUGGUGGAAGCCAUCACCGCCCAGGACGCGAUGGGGCUGUUAGUGAAGCUGCUCGACUGCAUGAGCACCUGGAUACUGGAACAGGCGGUGGUCACCGGCGAUGCCGGCCAGCCGCCGCGCCCUGCUGUACCACGCUGGGUGCAGAACCUGGUGGACCUGAUCGAUGCCAUCGAUAGCAUCAGCCACAUCCUGCAGCGGAAGAGCAACAUGCGGGCAGUGAGCAGCGACGUGUGGCGCUGGUACGACGCCUCCACCGGCAAGUGGAACAACUACUCGGACGCCAACAACGAGCUGAUCCGGAACGCCUACGCCGCCGGCGAGCGCUGGCUCCACAUCAACAUCGGACGCCAGCGGUGCACCGUCAGCCUCAACUGCAUGACCCAGGUGAGCGAGGCGUCCGGCACCCACCGGCCCGUCUUCCCGGCCCUCAAGCUCAACGAUGCCAUCGUCAACCUGAACAACCCGGUGGCCCUCCACAAGGUGGAGAACAUCCUGAACCGGGUGGUCAGCACGGCGCCCGACGGCUCCGGCACUGUCAACACGGACGAACUGAUUUCCGUCCGCCAGCUGGUGAACCUCAACGAGGACGUCCCUGCCAAGGCCGGCGAGGAUAAGACCAGCGAGGAGGGCGCCUCGGCCCAGCCAGCGCCAGCCGCCGGAGGAGGAUCAGCACGCGCCAUGACGACGCGCAGCAAGUCGCGGCAGAAGAACGCCGCCGCCGCAGCGGCCGCUAAGGCAAAGUCAUCUAAUUCGGGUAGCAAGUCGGGAGGAUCGGGAGGAAGUAGUGGAUCUGGAUCCCCGCCACUGCCCAAGCGGACGCAGAAGAUCAUACUCAACGAGGAGCACGUGGGCCUGAGCAAGUUCGACUGCGGCCGGAUCAUCGGAAGCAUUGUGGCGCUGCUCCAGCCGGGGCUGCUCCUCCACCACGAGACGAAGCUGUCGCUGCUCCGGCUGUGCGCGCGCCUCACCCGCAACUUCGACAACGCCCAGGUGUUCAUCCGGCGCGGCGGUGUGCGGAUGCUGCUCCAGCUGCAGCAGUCCUGCAGCUUCAUGGGCUUCCCCACCUACGCCAUCAUCAUUCUGCGCCACGUCCUGGAGGCGCCACCCGUCCUCCAGGAGGCCAUGGAGCGGGUGCUGGGCAUGCGUGCGGCCGGCAUCGUUCCCAUCAGCCACCGCGACCUCAUCUACGUCCUCACCCAGGUCUCUACGGCGGUGUCGCGCAAUCCCCAGAUCUUCGUGGCCGCCGCCAAGGAGAUGCUCAAGGGCGACUACCUGCUGAACCCGGGCUCGACUCCCCUUACGGACGAUGCCCGCAUCAUGGUCAAGUCCAAGUUUGGCCAGCAGCCGACGGCCGCCGCCGGCAACCCCAACCAGACGCAGGGCUCCGGCCAGGACGCCACUUCGCCGACAUGCGGCUCCAAGGUGGACUUGAAGGACGAUCUGCAGGUGCAGUCCUCGGUGGAGGUGCUGAAGGAACUGCUACUUGCCCUGGUGCAGCCCUGCUGCCACUAUGGAGGCAUAGCGGCCUCGGAUCGGGGACCCCUGGCAGCGGCGGAACUCUUCCAGCCGGACCAGCCCCUGGGAAUGGAACCAGACGAGGUAGGUGGCUCACCCAUUUCUUCCAGACUUGCUCCUAAUGUGAUAUCCCCUUCCCAGGACACUCCUGCUCCCAGCAAGAAACAGAGCUCCGGCGCAGCCGGCCAGCAGACGGACAAGUUCGAGCCGUGCUGCUGCUCCUGGCACAUCCCCACCAGCGCCCACAGCCACGCCAAGCCAGCGCUGUCGCGCGCCACGCUCCUCAAGCUGCUGGCGGACGCCACGCGGGCCUACCAGUCCCUGGUGCCGCGCGUCCUGCUCUCGCACAUCUACCAUCCGGCGGACAGUCCGCUGAUCUCGGCCCCGCAACAGACGUUCCUGGGUGUCCUGCUGGACCGCUUCCUGCCGAUCACCCAGCGCCACCACGUGCCCGAGGUGAGCACCAUGUCCCGGGUGCUGAUCUGCUCCCUCUCGGACUGCUACCAGCAGCCGGGCGUCCAGGUGCAGGUGUCCGAGGAGCUGCACGCCGCCGUGGCGCGGGCCCUCGCCCAGCCGGACUCCACCGAGAAGCACACCCGGCUCCAGGUGCUGAUGAGCCUGUUCCCCAACCUGAUCGAGUCCCCCAUGCUAUACGACAAGGUGCACAUGCACCGCAACAACAUGUACCGCGUGCUCCUGCGCCAGGGAGUGAUGACGUACCUGACCAAGAUCGCCCAGUACAAGGACCUCUCGAACCACAACACGCUCAGCACGCUGGCGGCCAUCCUCCGGCCCAUGGAGAUCCUGCUGCGCUUCAGUGUGUCCACCACCACGCUGGGCUCGAAGCGCAUCCUGUUCGGCAACGGCUCCGGAGCCAACGGACCCGGCAACCCCACCGGGCUGUCGAGCGGCAUGAACUCCGGACCGGGCAACACCUACGGAACCAUCAUCAACCGACGGCUCUAUCCGAGGCUGGCGGCCCGCACGGCCGUCAGUGCCGCGGUGGAGCGCUCCAACGCGAUCGGAGGCGAGCACGUGCUCCGCGACAUCAUCCGGAACGUGCUCUCCGACCGGCGCCACGCCUUCGAGUUUAUCUUCGAUUCGCACGAGAUGGCCGUGGACUCUGACGACGUGCCCGCCCCUGGCGGAGGCGGGGGAUCCGGCCUGGUUGGCGGAGCCUCUGGAGUCGGCGGAGGAACGGCGGCUGUCAUCGAUGUGGUGGAGGAGCGCAGCAACGGCGGCGACACCAACGACCCGGGCGGCCUGCCCCCCGUCUCCGGUUCGGCGAACAACGCCUCCGGAUCCUCGGGCAACGGCAGCGGACCCGUGCGUCCCGUACUUAACUUUGACCAGCUGUGGGACGACUUCCUCCAGAGCGAGGGCUUGCGUCUGGCGUCCCGGAGCAGCGGCGGUGCCGGAUCGGGAGCCGGAAGCGGAUCCUCGGGCCAAACUGGUCAACAGAAUGGCGGAAACUCGGCCGGAACCAACUCCGGGAGUGCCUCGAACUCAGCCGUUUCCGGAGAUCCUCGCCUGCGUUCCAACCCGGACGUGGAUGUUGGCAGCGCGGUAGGCGGCGGAAGCCACAAUCCCAGCGUAGUGAACGACAAUGGCAUCGGCGGUGGAGGCGGUAGUGAUGGCGCCUCCACCUCCUCAGACACCGGAGCCCCGGGCGGCGCCCGCGAGAUGAACGCCUCUAUCCUGGGCGACGUGAGCACCUCAGACUCGGACUCGGACGGCUCGACAGAGAACGACGAGCGCAACGAGGACGAGGAGGAUGAGGAGGACGAGGACGCCCCCGACGAGGACGUGGACGAGCACAGCGAGACGGACGUGGAUGAGGAGCAGCCGGCCCGCCAGUUCAUCGAGGUGUUUGAUCACAUUUACGAGCCCGAGUCCUCGGAGACUGCAUCCAACGACGCGGAUGUGGACGCCGACGACGACGAGGACGAGGAUGAGGACGACGUCGACGAGGACGAAGACGACGAUGAGGACGAUCCCGACGACGAGGAUCGCAACGAGAGCCGUGCCAUCGACCAGGAGCUGGAGAACCAGAUCGACAUAGCCCUGGCCCUCGCCUCGUCCAACAACCGCCCGCGACGCAGUGCAGCCGUCAACGCCUCCGGCUCCGGAGACUCGUCCGCCAAUCGGCCCACCGCCGAGGAGGACGACGAGGACGCCGACGUGGAUCUGGAUGUGGCGGCCGACCGUGCAGAGGCCUACCUCUACGAGAGACUGGGCGGCGACAGCCCCCACCUGAUGCCCACGCCCCCGGCCAGCUUCCGGGUGCGCAUGAACAGCUCCAUUGCCCAGCCCCUGGACAUCGACGUGAACGGCGGUGGCUCGGGCGGCGGAUCUGGCGCGGGACAGGGUGCCAGUGGCUCCCAGCCGGGCGGCUCCUCAUCGAAUGCCGCAACAGUCGGACCCACUGCCUCGGCAUCGUCUGCCCUCCGCACUUCGUCCGGCUCCUGGAUGACCCCGGACUUUAGCUUUAUUGGCGGAGCGGGAGGCGGGUCGGGAAGUGGUGCAGGAGGAAGCGGAGCAUCUGGCGCCGCUGGAGCCUCCAAUGGCGGCGACGCCAACGCCUUCCACGCGGCCACCCUCGCCCAGCUGGAACGCAACGGAGGCCCCUCGGGAAGCGGCAUGAGCAACCUUCUGGACGAACAUCCGAGCGCUGGCGGCAACCCGGGCGGUGGAUCCGCAUCGGGAGCCGUUGGUGGGUCGAACAGUAUCGGGGCAGGCGGAGGGGCCGGAUCCUCGGCCACCCAGCACCCGAAUUCGACGCUCUGCGCCACCGGGGUGCGCCGGAGGCUGCUCUACCUGGACCAGCAGUACUGCGUCUGCAUGCCCACGCACCAGAACCCCACGGAGGAGACCCAGAUGGAGACCUUUACCCAAGACGCGCUGCACUGGUGGCUGGAGGAGGCCAAGGCCCUGGACAUGGAGAGCCAGACGGACGCCUGCUUGUACGCCGCCCACUUCCUCGUCCCACAUCUCAUCAAGGGCAUCAAGAGCUCCUAUUACCCGCGGAAGCAGGAGGAGGACAAGGAGGCCGCCCGCAUCGCUGCCACCGCCGCCGCGGCUGCCGCUGCCACCUCGGCAACGGGAACAGCCGGAAGCGGAUCGGGAGCUGCGGGUGGAGCUGCCACAACCGGCAGUGCAACUGGCACGACGAGCAGCACCGCGUCCACGGCCCCAUCCUCACAAUCGUCCAGCAACUCGACCAGCAGCAACAGCAGCAUCCUGGUGCUUCCCCCGGUGGCUGCGUCCGCCACUGGCGGCACCCGUCGCAGCUCCAUACCAGUACUGAUCCCCUCUAGCUUUGGAGCUGGAUCUGGUGCUGGCACUGGACCGGGAACCACCGGAGCUGGUAGCUCUUCCUCGGCCGCAUCCACCACUGGAGGCAGUGGCUCCUUGGACGCGGCAGGAGCGGUGCGCAGCCGCCAGCUCCGCGGAUUGCGCCAGCAGAACCAGGUGAACUUCAACAUCUACGCGGAGAUCGACCUCACCAACGAGCAGGACAGCCAGGGCUCGAGCUCGGGCGGUGGAGGUGGAGGUGGCGGUGGCGGAACCGCGGGCGAUGGAGCCGAGCUCCAGAACUCGCAGAACCAGAACCAGAGCCAGAGCCGUCAUCCGCCGGUACCGAAUCUGCCCAGCAACGGCCGCCCCUCGCGUCCCAUCUCCCGCCUGGACGAUGCCGAGCUGCUGCUGAUGCAGCUGGUUGACCGCCAGACCUCGGCCCGGAGCCGCCCGGCAGCCGGAAACCGCAACGCCGGGUCGCCGCUAAUCAACGCCCGUCCUCCCAUGCGCGACCUGCCCGCCCGCUUGCAGCGCCUCGUCCAGGCGCACGUCACCGGAAACGGAUCCUCCCGCUCCAACCUGGGCCUGGCCGCCCUUUCAUCCGCCAGCUCUGGAUCAGAGUCCUCGUCUGCUAAUCCGCCAUCCACUCCGGCGCCGACGCUCGUCUCGGCACCCACACCGAUCUCCAGCAGCACGCUGGAGCAGCUGAACGUCGCCGGUGCGGAGAGGAGCUUCGCCCUGCCGUCUUCCCUAGACUUGGACGUGGAUGUGCUGCCCGGCAUUAUGGACCUGCCGCUCCAGGAGGAGCAUGAGCAGCAGCAGCAGGUGACACCGCCGCCAGUCAGUGAGAACGCGACGGAUCCCCUUUCCGGGCCGGCCGAAGCCUCGGCCUCGACCACGCCCGAGCCAGACCGAGCCGGGGACGACAGUGUUGCGUCCCGGCCUCCAUUCAUUCCUGCUCGCACACCCGAAGAGGUGGAGUUGAUACUAUCCCAACUGCCGCGAUCUGGAGGAGCCUCCCCACCGGCCUCAGCCGCUGCGGGAGAAACUCCAGCUCCAACUGAAUCCUCGACAGAAACGGCCGCCACUAAUGCAAGUGGCACUGGAUCUGCACCAGAAAGCGGAGCACCGCCUAGUGGAGAAUCUGGGCAGGCGACAGCCACGGCAGGAGAAGCUGCUGCUGCGGCCACCGGAGGAGCUAGUGGUGGCUCGGCCGCUGCCAGCACCAUUGCCGACAUGAGUCCCGAAGUGCGGGCCGCUCUCGGGGACCUGGAAGUGCCGGAGGGCGUGGACCCCUCCUUCCUGGCGGCCCUGCCGAGCGAGAUGCGCGAGGAGGUGAUCCAGGAGCACCUGCGGAUGCAGCGCAUCCGCCAGCGGGCGCAGCAGAACGCCAUCCAGAUCGCCCACGACUCGCUGGUGGAGGUGAACCCGGAAUUCCUUGCGGCCCUGCCGCUGAACAUCCAGUCGGAGGUGCUGAUGCAGCAACGGAUCGAGCAGCAGCGCCAGGCGGCGCAGAGUGCCAAUCCCGAGGACCCCGUGGACACGGCCGCCUUCUUCCAGAACCUGCCCGAGAACCUGCGCCAAGCGAUUCUCACCGACAUGGAGGAGUCGCAGAUCGCCAGCCUGCCACCGGAACUGGCCGCCGAGGCACAGUUCCUGCGCCGCGACUGGGAGUCUCGCAACGGCGCCCGCAUGGACGCCCAUCCGCCCAGCAACGCCCUCUCCCGCUUCCAGUCGACGCUGCAGGGACUGGACGAGGCCCGCUGGCACAGUGCCAUCUGGUACGACGCCACCGGGAAUCCCCAGCCGCAGCACCACCAGCACACGACCAUCGUCCACCACCAGGCGCACUCGCACCACGCCCCCAAUGUGGGCAAGCCGCUGGCCCUGCUCAUGAUGGAGGACGAGAACAUCCUGCUGGACCCCGACUCGCUGGCCACCCUGCUGCUCUUCCUGUUCGUGGAGGACCAGAAGAUGAACAGCAUGCGGCUGCACCGCGUCAUCCGCAACCUGUGCCACCACGAGCCCACCCGCGACUGGGUGAUCAGUGCCCUGAUCAGCAUCGUCCAGAAGACGAACGAGGACAACGGGAACUUCGGAGCCGGGCAGGCGGGCAGCAAGCCCGAGUGGCUGAAGCUGAGAGUGGAUGCCGCCUUCGGCUACAAGAGCAACAUCUUCCUGAUCAACAAACACCCCGAGGGCAACAGCAGGAGCAUCAGCAUCAAUCCCCAGGCGGCGCAGAUGAUUGUCCGCAACUGCCUGGACAUGCUCUUCGUCCUGGCCAAGCACUAUCCGGCCAGCUUCGUGCCCUUCAACCGGGAGACGGUGAAGGCGCGCCGCUUCAUGAGCUCCCUGUACGGGAACAGUGAUGCAGUGCCUCCGGGCGGGACCCUAGACUUCCGUUCCCGAUUCUGUCGCUACCAGGUGGCGAAUCGGCUGCGCGGCAUGCUGGACGAUCCGCCGGCGAGCAAGCCGACACCGCUGGACGAGUCUCCGUCCACAUCCAAGGCGGCGGCGGCCAAGGCGGCAGCCACGGCCGGCAAGGUGCCCAACAACAGCGGCAGCAGCUCGAUCCCGUACCAGACGAACGCCAAGAACUUCUGGGACGUGGUGAUGAACAUCGACCGACAGACGGAGGUGCGCCUGGCGCACGUGGCGGACUUCCCGCUGACCUCCCAGCCGGCGUGGGAGUGGCAGCCGAACAACACCGAGUUCCUCUCCUUCAGCGACUCGCCGUUCGGCCAGCUCCUCGAGAUGCUGCCCUACAAGGUGAUCUGCCGGUCGCCGCAUCUCACGGACAUGCUGGUCAAGCUGCUGGCCUCGCUCAGCACGGAGCUGCCCAAGGAGGAGGAGCAGCUGCCCUUCAUGGACCAGAUGCCGACGCUCAUCCCCAUCGGCCAGGCCACAGGAGCUCCUCCAUCCGGAGGAGCCGUCGGAGCCCUCGGCGCCGCAGCAGCAGUCGUGGCGGCGACUAACGCACCCUCUGCGGCAGCUACUGCCCAUGGCGCGGGUGCUACCUCGGAGAUCGGAGACAGUCUGGCGGCAGGAAGUGGCGGACAAGCCGCUCCGGCGGCCGGAAAUCCCGGCUCGGCUGGAGACGGCGCUAGUGCUGCGCCGGUGAAGCCCCAACAGCUGCCCACCCUGAGCGUGGCGCUGCCGGUGACGCCGAUGAAGUCGCGCAGGAAGAUCUACGCGAAGAACUUCUCGCAGCUGCAGCUGGUGAUCGAGGUGCUGACCCACCAGUGCGGCACCACCGAGGGCCUGGACAACGUGGCCAAGCUGAUCGUGAACCUCACCCAGUGCUCGCAGGCCUCCAACGCGAUAUUCAUUCAGUAUCUGACGGCGGCCAUUCUGGGCCUGGCGGAGGAGGUGCGCAUGGCCAUACAGACGCUGCUGGAGGAGAUUCGGGCGUACAACAACAACAGCUCCCAGGCCGGAGCGGCGUCCACAUCGGUAACCGCUGCCUCGGCAGCUGGCGCCGCCGGAAGCUCGGCCAGCGGAUCGACAGGAGCCUCGCUCCUGCCCAACCUAACCGUCCACGAGGGCAUCAUGCAGGAUCGCUUCACCGCGGAGCAUGUGGUGAUCUCGGCGCCGAAGAACGCCAAGCCCACCUGCGAGCUGCAGUUGCCGUCGAUGAAGAAGCUCAUGUCGAACUCCUCCGCCCAGCCGUACUUCCUGCGCACGCUCAAGAUCUUCAUGCAGGUCCGGGACAUGUACGAGGUCCAAAACGCCCAGACGGGGCCGGGAAGCAGUGGCUCCGGCACUGGGGCCGGCAGUGGACUGGGAAGCGGCGACAUGGAUGACGACAUCAUCGAUAUCGAGGGCGAUGGCGGAGCCUCCGGUGGCAGCAGCUCGGACGCUGCAGGCACUUCGGCUCCCACAUCCAUGGAGACCAAUCAGGAGAGCGGCCACAAUGCCCUGGACGAUGAUGACGACGACGACGACGAGGAGGAGAUCGACAUUCUCGUGCCGGAGGAUCCACGAAGUCUGCCUGCCAGGCGAGCGGCCGCAGCUGCAGCCGCAGCAGCAGCAGCGGGACCACGGGCUGCACCAGAAGCGGAAGCAGGAGCAGUGACUGCCUCCUCCGCUGCCGGGAAGUCGAACAGACCCACUUUAAGCCAAAUUCUCUGCCUGGAUGUCCUCUGGCACACGCUCAGCGAGUGCCUGGUGGCGCUGGAAGAGUCCAAGGACGAGUUCGCCGUGCUGGUGCUGCAGCCCACCGUGGAGGCCUUCUUCCUCAUCCACGCCUCGCAUCGCGUCCCCACCAAGAAGUCGGGACGCAACAGCAUAUCCGGCGUCUCGGCCGCCGCACUUCGGGUCCUGAGCGGCGGUAUGGCCGGCUUGGUGCCCGGCAUGGUGCCUUCCUCCUCCGUCCAGCAGCACAGUCCUCUCAUCGACGAGUCCAGCAGCGGCCACACCCUCAGCUCUACCAGUUUUGAAGACGAGCCACGGAUGCAGGACGCGGCCACCAACACGCCGAACAGCUCCGGCGGCCCCCCACUCAGUGCCCAUGAGGCGCAGCUGCGUCAGGAUCGUCAGAAGUUCCUGCAGUUCGCCGAGAAGCAUCGCACGGUGCUCAACCAGAUCCUGCGCCAGUCGCUCACCCACCUCUCCGACGGACCCUUCGCCGUGCUGGUGGAUCAUACGCGCAUCCUAGACUUUGAUGUCAAGCGCAAGUACUUCCAGACGGAGCUGGAGCGCCUGGACGAGGGCAUACGCCGCGAGGAGCACACGGUCAGUGUGCGUCGUGUUACGGUCUUUGAGGAUUCGUUCCGCGUCCUCUACCGCCUGGGCCCCGAGGAGUGGAAGAACCGGUUCUACAUCGUCUUUGAAGAUGAGGAGGGCCAGGACGCUGGCGGACUGCUGCGCGAGUGGUAUGUGAUCAUCUCGCGGGAGAUCUUCAAUCCGAUGUACGCCCUGUUCUGCGUAUCGCCGGGUGACCGCGUCACCUACAUGAUAAACCCCUCCAGUCACGCCAAUCCGAAUCACCUGAGCUACUUCAAGUUUGUCGGCCGUGUAAUUGCCAAGGCCGUGCAUGAUAACAAGCUAUUGGAGUGCUACUUCACGCGCUCCUUCUACAAGCACAUCCUGGGCAAGCAGGUGAAGCACACGGACAUGGAGUCGCAGGACUACGAGUUCUACAAGGGCCUCGACUACCUCAUGAAGAACGAUAUCUCCACGCUGGGCUACGAACUGACCUUCUCCACCGAGGUGCAGGAGUUCGGCGUCACCCAGAUCCGUGAUCUCAAGCCAAACGGACGCGACAUCGCCGUCACCGAGGAGAACAAGUUCGAAUAUGUCCAGCUGGUCUGUCAGCUGAAGAUGAGCGGCUCCAUCCGGCAGCAGUUGGACGCUUUCCUAGAGGGCUUCUACGACAUUAUUCCAAAGCAUUUAAUAUCGAUAUUCAACGAACAGGAACUGGAACUUCUCAUAUCCGGUCUGCCGGAUAUUGACAUUGAAGAUCUGAAGGCCAACACCGAGUACCACAAGUACACGUCGAAAUCGGCACAGAUACAAUGGUUCUGGCGAGCUCUGCGCAGCUUCGACCAAGCGGACCGUGCCAAGUUCUUGCAGUUUGUGACUGGCACCUCGAAGGUGCCGCUGCAGGGCUUCGGCUCGCUGGAGGGCAUGAACGGAAUCCAAAAGUUCCAAAUUCAUCGAGACGAUCGGUCCACGGAUCGCCUGCCCUGUGCCCACACCUGCUUCAAUCAACUGGAUCUGCCCAUGUACAAGUCGUACGACAAGCUGCGCAGCUGCCUCCUGAAGGCCAUACACGAGUGCUCCGAGGGCUUUGGCUUUGCCUAAAGAGGGAUCCCGAUCGGCGGAUGGCGCAGGACCUGUAUUAUUUGCGAAGCGAGCCUGCUGCCUGGGCAGAGCCCCCUCCCCCCCUAAACGAGAAGAAAACAAUUCCUAAAGAAAGAACGAAAGAAAGA